AUGACUGAACUUCUGUUACAUCGUGAUUGCCUUGAGAAAGUCCAGGCCGAGAUAAGGGCAGUCCUUAACGGAAAGAAAGACAUAACUGACAACGAUGUGGAGAAGAUGAAGUAUCUAAAAUGCGUCAUCAUGGAAGCCACACGACUCCAUCCUCCCCUUCCAGUUCUACCACCACGAGUUGCAAGACACGAUGCCAAAGUAAUGGGGUAUGAUAUUGCAGAAGGAACUAGGGUAUACGUCAAUGUUUAUGCAAUUAUGAGGGAUCCUAAAGUGUGGGAUAAACCUGAAACGUUUAUGCCGGAGAGGUUCUUGGAGUCAUCUAUUGAUUUCGUGAGGCACAAUUUUGAGUUGCUUACAUUUGGUGCUGGAAGGAGGAGUUGCCCUGGAAGGAUAUUUGCCAUGGCCAUCAAUGAGAAGGUUCUGGCUAAUGUUUUGUACAGGUUCGAUUGGGCUCUGCCACAAGGAGUUAGGCCACAGGACGUAGAUAUGAAUGAAACUUUUGGUCUCGCUAAUCACCGGAAGGUUCCAUUGCUAGCUCUUGGGACACCAUUCUUCCCAUAA